CGUAGCCCUCCGUGAGUUUCUACGGCAGUCUGCGGUAUAUGUAAUAUAGAAAGACGAAGGAAGUUAUGGCACUAGAAAAACUCAAGAAAGAAGAAACUCUCGCAAUGAGGAAGAGGUUAAUUGGACAGUCAUUGCGGCUGUUUUAUUCAGAAGAUCCUGUGAAAAUAGUAAGAGCAAGAGGACAAUAUCUGUUCGAUGAAAGUGGGAAGCGCUAUCUGGACUGCAUCAGUAAUGUCCAUCACGUGGGUCAUUGUCACCCCAGCAUUACAAAGGCUGCAGCAGCACAAAUGGACCUCCUGAACACAAAUUCACGUUUCCUGCAUGACAACAUAGUCCUGUAUGCAGACCGCCUGGCUGCCAGCCUGCCUGAGAAACUGUGUGUCUUCUACUUUGUUAACUCCGGUUCAGAGGCCAACGAUCUUGCUUUACGCUUGGCACAGCAGUACACCCAACAUGACGAUGUCAUAGUGCUUGACCAUGCUUACCAUGGACAUCUAAUGUCCCUCAUCGACAUUAGUCCUUACAAGUUCCGGAAACUGGCAGGACAGAAAGAAUGGGUUCAUGUGGCACCCUUACCAGACACCUACAGAGGAAUUUACAGGGAAGAUCACCCCAACCCUGGACAAGCAUAUGCUGAUACAGUAAAAGACCUAAUAGAAGAAGUGCACAGCAAAGGCCGUAAGAUUUCUGCCUUCUUUGCUGAAUCGUUGCCUAGUGUUGGAGGACAGAUCAUUUUGCCCCAAGGGUACUCAAAUAAAGUUGCAGAAUACGUGCGCUCAGCUGGUGGAGUGUUUGUGGCAGACGAGGUGCAGACCGGUUUCGGACGUGUGGGAAAUCAGUUCUGGGCUUUUCAGCUGCAGGGAGAGGAUUUCUGUCCAGACAUAGUGACGAUGGGCAAACCGAUGGGAAAUGGGCAUCCCUUGGCAUGUGUGGCAACUACUGUGGAGAUAGCAGAAGCUUUCACAGCGAACGGAGUGGAGUACUUCAAUACGUUCGGAGGGAACCCAGUGUCCUGUGCAAUUGGCCUGGCAGUCCUCGAUGUGAUAGAGGAGGAGGACCUAAGAGGAAAUGCCACAAGGGUGGGAGCACAUCUUAAGGAUUUGUUCACAAAACUACAAACACGACAUGAAAUCAUUGGAGAUGUCAGAGGUGUCGGACUGUUUGUGGGACUUGAGCUGGUUACAGACAGAAAGAAGAAGACCCCUGCUACAGAAACAGCAGCAUGGGUGGUGAAGAGGUUGAAGGAAGAGCAUCAAAUCUGUGUCAGUACGGACGGCCCCUGGGAAAACGUGGUGAAGUUUAAGCCUCCCAUGUGCUUCAGCAUGGAUAAUGCAGAACUGGUGGCACAAUGUAUCGAUGGCAUCCUCACAGACAUGAAAGCCAAUAACCUCAAACUGGAAAAGGAAGACAUCUAAGGUGUUCACAGCGCCAAUUCAUGUUGCCAUUUUGGUAGAAGAUGCAAUCAGUGAUAACCAGCCAAAUGAACAUUAAGUGGUGCCGGCUACAGCACGUUGUUUGCACCUGGAAGAUGAAUAUAUACCAGAAGAUGCUAAUGUAACACUAAUGAAAUUCCACACUUACUUUGUUUUUUUAAACUGAAACUAAUAAACAGUUAACAUUUUUAA